UGGCAGCGUUGAAAUCCCUGAUCAUCACCGAUAUCAAAAGAAAAAAAUUACAAUAAUGGUGUAAAAUAAUACAAUUUGUUUAAAGUAAACAUCAGGUUUUUGUAUCCUUUUUGCAAUUUUGUUGUUAAUUUUGGAAUUUCGUUCGGGACGUAUUCAGAAAAACCCUUUUGCUUCACAAUGGAAAUGGAGUUUGGCCUCAAAUAGUGCGAGCAUGUUGUGAAAACAUUUCUCUACUUCCAAGACUCAGUAAUUCUGGGUUAUCGCAGUAAUUUAAUCGUAUUUCUCGUAAUAUGACUGCUAAUGUUGCACCAAUUACUCGUAACAACAGUGCUUCUCGUCAGUAUCUUCUGAAGAUUAACUAGUAACAGCGAUGUUGGCAAGUCUUCUGGGCGGUCAGUAUGAUUCAUAUCAAGCAGAUUCUUCCCACAGACUGGUUAAUUCAGUCAGAAGUUACAUAAACGCAAAAUUGGAAUAUGAACGUACGACGCCUGAAUUCGUCGCUGAAAUACGACGGAUGUUGUAUUUUAUUCACGAAUACAAUUGUCAUGUGUUGAAGCUUACUCGCCAAUAUCCACGCUCAAGAAAAUUCGACUUACUUCUAGUUAAAUAUGUAGAGUUAGAAUUUGAUGCUUUGUAUUAUAAUAAUCCGCAUCCUCCGCGACAACUCGAGAUUAGCACUGAGUUAAGAGUUUCGCGGGUGCUUCAGGUGAUGUUAUACCAAACCGUCCUUAACAAUGAAACGUUAAUAACAAAAAGUACUGAUUACGUGUUGAAACGAGCGGUUUUGCAGCUGCUGGGCGAAGUAAAAUCCACGUAUUUCGUUAGGAAUAAGUUGGUUUAUAAUAUCGCAAAUGACUUACGUGAGAAAAUUGGUCGACCAAACAACUUGCCAGUUUGGGAAAUUAAUAAAAACCUCGCCACUAGCGAUUAUGGAACAGAUAGUGACUCCGAGGGCGAAAAUAAUGUAUUUGCCCGAAAGUUGGAUAAUCAAGCUUCUCAAACAUCUUCCACACCUACGAUAGAGUUUGCAGAUGACGACAAUUAUUUCGUCUAUUUGGAGAAACACUUAGAUAAACGAAAAUUUAGUACAAAACGAAGUUCUUAUGAAGCUCAUAGCAAUAAUUUCAAUGCAAAAAAUUCUAAAUCCAGUUCAGUCGUAAGCAAUAACUUGAAAAAACCCAAAAGUUUGGAUGCAGUUUGUGUCGUCGUUUCUUCCGAUUCUGAAGAUGAAGAUGGGAUUACAGAAGUCACAAGUGACACCAAAGUUUGCAAUAAACGUAACUUUAGUAAAAAAAGCAACGAGUGUAAUAAGAAAGCAAAAACUAACAAGUCUGUUGUAACGUUUGAAAUACUCGAUGAUGACGACGACGGUGAAACAAAUUAUAUGGUUUAUUUGCACAAAGAAGUGGAAACAAACCAAAGACCCAAACCCCUAAAACAGGAGGAAGUAAUCAUUUGUUCAGAUUCUGAAGACGAAUUAGAAGAAAAUACAAAAAAUGAUCUAAAAAAUGGAGUACAAGAGGCACAAAUUAGUGUUGAUCAAAUGGUACCUGAAACAAAUGGUGCUUCAAGUAGUGGACAAAUGUUUGGAGAAAAUACAGAAGAAAAAAUUAACAUUGACGAAAAAUACAAAGAAAUUAAUGAAGUGUUACAAGCGGAUCUAGACUUUAUUCAAAUUUCAAAUCAGUUUAGCGAUGGAGCAAGCGAAAAUUUUUUGAUAGAUCCUAGUUUAAUUUUCGAACAAAUUGCAACUCCGCCAAGAAAUAAAAACGAGGUUCCUGAUUUGAGUUUAGAAGAGUGUGGAUCAAACUUUCUAGGUGAUCCAGUUCUGAGUGAGAAAAUCGACAGUUUUGAAGACUUGGACACGUCGCAGGACUGUCGCUUAAAUGAGAGUUUGUUGGAGGAAUUUCUUCUUGACGACAGUUUUCUUCUCGAAGGGCGCAAAGAGUUUGAAGAGCUUGAACAUUUUCUUUUCGAUGAUGGCGCAGAAAAGUCGGGGUUUUUCUUGUCGGAUUUUUCUUUUGAUGACGAUGAGACUGUUACCCAACCGGCAACGUUUGAUGCUGAUAUGAAAAGUCUAGAGUCGAUAUUGGAAAACUCACAGUUAUUCAACAUGCAAGGCAAACAGUCAGUUGUGAAUGAAGAUGAAAAUUCCACAUUGGCAGAUUCAAAACACAAAGAUAAAGAGAAUUUAGCAAAUAUAAAGAACAAGAAACCUAUAUCUAAGAGAAAACGGAAGUUCAGAAGGACGCACAAGCAGAGGAGCAACAGGAGGUGACGAAAGGAUUUAAAUACGAAAGACUUUAAUUUUAAAGCAUUUGUUACUUCGCACCCUAAAGCAUUGGAAUGCAAUCAUUGUAUUAUGUUUCACUUAAUUAAUUAUUAAACUAUUAUGCUGUGUUACAAUCAACUUAUGAAACUGUGAAAAUGGACUUGUCAUUACGGUAUGCCAAUUAUUGUAAUUUCAGUGUGAAUUGUUAAUUUCUUAGUAAAACAGAGUGCAUAUUUUUCUAAUAUUUAUUUGUAGUUGUAUGUUAAUUUAUUUCUGUGCAGUAAGGCUGUAGUUUUUUUGUACAUUAUGUGGAAAGUAAUUAAAUAUGUUUAUAACUUCCUA